AUGACGAAAACUAUACUCGUCGCUGGUGCAACAGGACAUCAAGGUCGUGCUCUCAUUCGAGCACUCGUGGGGCUAGAUGGACCACCAGAGUUUCGCAUUUUUGCUCUUACUAGAACGGUGUCGUCUUCUGCAGCCCAACGCUUAUCGACCGCGUACGGCGACCGGGUUAAGGUGGUAGAAGGCGAUCUCGAUGCGCCAACCACCAUUCGCAAGGUUUUUGAAGAUGCGAAACAAGAAGACGGGAUCUGGGGAGUAUUCUGUGUGCUUGCAUUCCCCGGCCUAGGUGCCAAUGCAGACGCAGAAGAGAGGCAGGGAAAGCUACUUGCCGACCUUGCCUUUGAAUUCGGUGUAUCAUCGUUCAUCUUGUCCACCAGCGAGCGGGGCGGCGAAUACUUCGACGAUGACAUGAAAACGCUCGAUCGUGUUGCAAAAGUCCGAAUUGAACGACACGUCAAGGAGCUUGGGACGAAGGGUUUGCCUUGGACGCUACUUCGUCCAGGCUUUUUCAUGGAAAACUACGACGGCUGGCUGGGGGCCAUCACAGUCGGCGUAUUGAAGGCGGGCUUAAAGCCCGGCACCACAAAUAGAAUUGUGGCAGUGGACGAUAUUGGCCGGGUUGCUGCAGCCGUGUUCUGUAACCCUUCGCAUUAUCAAGCCAAGAUACUAACCAUCUCUGACCAAGUUCUGACGAUGAGUGAACAAGAAGCGCAAUACAAGCGAGCAACAGGAAGAGCAAUGCCUACGAUUCCGGUAAUCCUCGCAAGCGCAAUCAUUUGGAUGAACGUACACACCCAAGAACUGCUUGCGGAUCUUGAACGAAUGCACAAUGCCCGAGAAAAUGGAUUAUGUCCUGAAGUCAUCGCGCAAGCCCAAGCAGCUAGGGAGGCUUGUCCAGAGAUGCACUCGCUUGAGGCAUGGGCAGCAGAGCGAAAAGAUGGUUUGGUCGAGCAGGAGCAAAACUGGAACCAAGUGUCAUUGUGGCAACUGUUACGGGGCAAACUUUGA